AUGAUAACUUGCACAACCGUGAUUCCAGCUCUGUACAAGGAGAUCAAUGAAAUCCACGAAGUGGUUCUCGCUGGUUUAGCUGCCUUUCGCACGGAAACCGACUCAGCAUGGAUAGAGAUUAUGGAUGUGCAGCUAAUGAUCUCUCCAGAAUUGAAGCGCCCUGAGAAUUUCUUUGAUUCAAUAUUCCGUCGUAAAAGGCAACAGCUUCCUCCAUGGAAUGCCUGGAAUGCCAGUCCUCCUGGUAACGAUGACAUGACAGUCUAUCAACCAAUAUAG